AAUACCUAAGUUAACAUUGGAAUUCAUUUAUAAGUCACCGCCGAUUUUUAAGUACCUGUCAAAAAUAAAUUUUAAAAGUCGACAGUAGGCCGGCGUAUUUCGCUAUUUGUCGGCUGCCCAUGGUAACGCCCGUUACAGACGCGUUUGGGAACCCUGCAUUUUGUUAUCAGCUAGUAGAACAUGCGUAUAAUAACAAGAUGUUGAUGUAGAAUGACAUGUACCUACAUCAUCUAGGUAGGUAUGUAAAUUGAAAAUAGAAUGAAUAAAAACGCAGAAUUUAAUAACACAACACAGACACAGUGCAAUUAAUGAUUACUACCUACUACCUAUUUGAUGUAUUAUUUUAUCGUACGAAGUAUUCAACGGCCGGUGUAGUAGCAGUAGUAACCAGUGUGUAAUAAUUAAUUUACUAACGUCGGCUCGAUGACUGUGUACCGACCAAAAAUAUUAUUUUUCGAGCUACCGGUUUAAAUGUGUCGACAUAAAUAUUGUUAUUGCUCGUAAACAAAAGCAAUACAAACUGAAAUAGUAUGCAAAGUAUAGAAGCAUGCAUAAUAAAGAAUACAAAUUAUAGAAUCCGGAAGGCACACCUACGUUAAUAAGACAGUGUAGGAUGGAUGGCGGAACACCAAACAUCUUCAUCAUCAGUACUUGUAUUAUAGCUACAUAUUAGUAGGUACCACUCAGUUUAACAGAAAAAUAACCGACUAGAAAAUGUCAGCUGAAUUCAACAAUCUGAUGGUUAGUGAUAACGCUAAUAGAUUGGAAGUAGCUGAACUAUCAGAAUUUAUUGAAAAUCGGCUAUAUUUCAUGGUAUUAUCUAAUCAUAAGGGUCCCACAACGCUUCAGAAUUUUAAGGAUUGGAAAAAUUCAUUGAAAGAUAAUGAUGUAUUUUAUUUAAAUGUUGAUGACUAUUUGGUGUAUGAUGGUUUUUAUAGCGACUUUGGUCCUUUAAAUUUAGCAAUGAUAUAUCGUUAUAUUGGUAUAGUACGGGACAAAUUUAAAGCAUAUAAGAGAGUUGUUCACUGUGCUCAUAUUGGUGAUCAAAAGAAAAGGUCAAAUGCAGCUUUUCUUAUUUGUGCAUAUUUGAUAAUUGAAAAUAAUUGGACAGCACACCAAACAUAUAAUAUAUUAUCAAAACAAUAUAAACAUAAAUAUAUACCAUUUAGAGACGCAUCAUGUUUGUUGCAAUCAGAAUAUUCAGUAUCAGUUGAAGAAUGUGUUAAUGCCUUAUACAAAGCUAAAUGGUAUGGAUUUUUUGAUAUGAGUGACUUUGAUUUGGAUGAAUAUGAAAAAUAUGAGACUGUGAAGUAUGGUGAUAUUAAUUGGAUUGUACCUGCUACCUUAUUGGCAUUUUCAUCACCACAUUCUCGAGAUUAUAUCGACAAAUCUGGCUAUCAGAUACAUUCUCCAGCUUACUAUUACCCCUAUUUCAAAGAAAACAAUGUCAAGCAUGUAGUUAGAUUAAACAGUAAAAAGACUUAUGAUGCUAAACGUACCUUUGUAACAGUAGCUAAUAUUCAACAUACGGAUUUAAUUUUUACCGAUGGUACUCCACCUUCAGAUGCUAUUCUCAAAUACUUUUUGCGUCUCUGUGAACAGUAUAUUGAUGAUAAUUGUGAAGUUGAACGUACAAAUAAUGAAAAAAGUGAACUAAAUGAAAUCACUCCAAAUAUAAUUACAAACAGUGAAGCUAAUGUGGCUAAAUAUGCAGGUGCUGUGGCUGUACACUGUAAAGCUGGAUUGGGAAGAACUGGUUGUUUAGUGGCUUCAUAUAUUGUGAAACAUUGGUCAUUUACGGCAGUAGAAGCUAUAGCAUGGACUCGUAUAUGUCGACCUGGUUCGGUAAUUGGUGUACAGCAACAAUGGCUAAUCAAUAAAGAAGAUUAUCUAACAACUCUUGGUAAACAAUGGCGAGAAAACCAAAAAAAUGCUGGUAAUAAAUAUAAACGGUUCACAAAUGGGGUGUACAGUGUUAAACGGCAUACCUCUAGUGCUAAUGCAUAUGAGUAUGUAGAUCCUCCACCUUAUUUAUACAUUAGUAAUGAGGAACAAUUCACCAGCAGUUGUAGUGGAGAUAGUGAAAUAGAAUAUAAAGAAUCUGAAGAGUACAACCAAAACAGACUGUCAUCUGUCUUAAAAAAUAAAUUGAAGACAAACAAUCAUGCCCUUCCUAAUAUCCAAAGUGAUGUCUAUGUACCAAACUUAAGACAAAAGAGAUCAGCCUCAAAAACAGAGGACCCUAAGCCUAAGAGUACAUUUUCAGCAUUAAAAAAUAUUCGUCGAGUUACAAAUGCAUCUAUUGGAAUUAAUAUGAAUAAUCUGGUGAAAAAAAAUAAUACUGCUCCAACUACAAUUACUAUCACAAGAAGUAAUUUAAAGGCAUCUAUAAUCGGAAAAAAAAAUACAAAACCAAUAACUGUAUGUAAAGCUAGCACCAAAACAACAAAUUCAUCAGAAACUGCUACAGCAAUAAUGGAUGAAACAAAACCAUCUUAUGCAUUAGCUACUGUGGCAUCAUCUGCUCGUGUGUCAAGGCGUCUUCGUAAUCAAAACUCCAUUACAAAAUAAAAUAGCGAAUACAUUCAUAACACUGAGUGCAUACAAUUAAUGAAGAAUGAUUAUUCUUUCACGGAUAGAAGCAUCACAUACAUUAGAGAUAUAGUUAUUUAGAACAACUAAAAUGAUCAGUUAGAUUUUUAAUGGUCUUAGUCUUGAAUGUGUUGAAAAGAUUUAUCUUGAGUUCGAUAUUAAUUUACAGUGGCUGGCGCUUAUUCAAAUCAGGCAUAAACGUAUUAUUAUAUUUUGCAUAGUAUUAUUUUAUUGCUAGAAACUGGACACGCCUACAAUAACAGACUGGAUUUUGUUUGUAUUUUUUUAUUGACUGAUAGGAAUUUGUGGGAAAAACCAAGAGAUGACAUAAUUUAAAAAAAUAUAUAUAUAUUUAUUUGUUUAUUUUUGUACAGUGUUUAAUAAAAGCACCUGCAAAUGUAUCAUUUCAAGGGGUAAUAUACAUCUAAUUUUCUUUUUUUAUGUAAGAUUGUAUUUGGCAAGUAGUAAAUGAUAAUUAGUAAGUUUGUGUGGUAUUUGUUUUGAUAAAACUCAUAAAAUCACAAAUCGUUUGGGUGAAUUAAUACAUAUCAUGAAGGCGAGAUUAAUACUGAUACCUACAUAAUAUGUUUAAGACAUUGUAUGGGUAAGCUUAUAAUUUAUAUGUAUUAUUUGUUGAAUCUUAUAUGCUACUUAAGUAGCAGUCUUAUGAUGGAUUGCAUAAAUAAUUUAUUAAAUUUAAUGGUUCACUAAAAAUUUAAUGGACCAAUCGUGGGCCACUAAAUCUUGUUUGAGGGACCAUUAGCUCACUAUUGAUUCAUUAAAUGUUUUGUAUAAUGUGGCAUCAGUCAUUUUUAUUGGCACAGUUACAUAAGUAAAGAUAUAAUGUGGUAUCAAUUAUUAAAAAUAUAUUGCAAGAAAUUGAAAUAUUGUAAUAAGUCAACGUACAAUCACAGAUAAUGUUUCUAAGUUUAAGUUUGAUAAUACUGUGUAAAAUUUUUGGUCAGUUUGCUUUAAUAUAAAAGCUAACAAUACUAAAUUGGUUCUGCUGAAUUAAAAUUUGGUAUGUUGCAAGUCAUAUUAUAAGAGCAAAAAAAGUGAAAACAAAUAGUGUGCUAACAUCCUCUUAAAUAAGAAUUUGACUGAACUUUUCGUUUAUUUCUUGCCAAAUUGAUGUAUGUUUACUCAUGUAAAUUUGAGGUCAUUCAUCUAAAUUAAUUACCUAUCCUCGUAUGUGUACCCUACCCAAAGAUUACCCACAUCAUACAAAAUAUACCUGCAUAUUUUCAUGUUCAUGUAAUUUAAACAUAAAUGUAAUAUAUUCUAAAUAAAUGUAUUAAAUCAAUCAUAGGUUCUUCUUCUAA